CCUAGGAGAUCAUUUCUUGUAUCUAAACCGAAGGGGGAUAUGGACCUAGGCAAGGUCAGACUUCUGCGGGCUGGCCUUAACGCCUUGCGUCAAGCCCUCCACCCGGUUCACGGCCUAGCCUGGACCGACGGGAGGCGGGUGAUCCUGACGGCUUUGUCCGUUCGGCGCGGCGGAGAGCCCGCGUUGGGGGACUCGAGUGUCGUCGGGAAGUUUGCGCACGUCCACGGGCUCUCCUGGGGCCCUCCCGGUGCGGCCGACACCCCGGCUCUGCUCACGGUCCAGCACAAGAAGCGCGUCACCGUGUGGGAGCUGGGUUUCAGCCCGGACGAGAGGAACGGACUCCUGGCCUCCCAGACCUGUGAGAUGAGAGAGCCGUUGCCCGUCCUCCCUCAGGGCUGCGUGUGGCACCCGAAGAAGGAGAUCCUGACCGUCCUGACCCACCGGGAUGCCUCGGUCAUCCACUCGGUCCGUUGCGACGGCAUCGUCGUGAAAGCCGACGUCAAAGCCAGCGGUCUCAUCCACUGUGGUUGCUGGACCGAGGAGGGCGAUCGCUUGGUGCUGGCCGUAGGCAGCGCGUUGCAUUCUUACGUCUGGGACAAUGCCCGGAAGACCUUGCUCCCCUGUUCCUUUUGCCCGAUUUUCGACGUGGGAGGCUACAUCUGUGCUACCGAAGCCACCGUGGGUCUCCAGAUCGCUGCAGCCACCGGACGGCCACUGGAAAAGUCGUGUGGCCUCCACGCAGGGCUUGCCUUUGAUAGGACCACUAGCUCUGAAAUAGCAUCUCUGGUCCGCCGUCCUACCCUUGGGCUCAUGGACGAGGACUAUGAUGUGGACUUUGGAAAGAAGGCCACAGAGUCCAGGAAAUCCCUCUUCACGGAAACACCCUCUUUAGGGUCUCGAGAUCUAGCCCGUAUCUUAGCCAAGCAUCGACGAUCCGAUCCGAGCCCUCUGAUUUCCCUGAGGAGCAAGGACAAACCCCCAGACGCCGGCCAAGGCUCCUCCUCUCUGAUCCUGGUAACCUUUGAGAGGAAGGUCACUACCACGAGAAAAGUCAGAAUCCCAGGUAUCCCGGUUCCCGACAUAAUUGCAUUCGAUGCCCCAACUCAGACCGUGGCUGUCGCUUCGAAUGCUUGCGACACCAUAACGGUCCGUUCGAUAGCCGCCUCCUCCGGGCCCAGUGUUCGACGGAUCCAACUGGAGAAGGACGAAAGACCAAAGGGGGCCUGCUUCUCGACAGACAAACUGUUGCUGAUCCUGGUGGGGAAAUCCACAGACUCCGCUUCCCCGCCGGCUUCCAACUCGGAAACGUAUCUCGCUCGCCUGAUGUUUCAAGAGGCGUUACUGGGCGAGGAGCCCCCGAGCGGGCCCCGAGGUCCCCAGAAUGUGCGUUUCGGCUGCGACCCUUCGGUGGACGUUCCUGGGAGAAGGCGGUUUUCCGAGAAUCCAUCCCGGGGAGAGCCCUUGGUGAACUGGGAGCUGUUGCUGAGGACGGGUGACCCUCUGGCCCGGUCUCCAAGCACAAAAAGGCGAAUCACGCACGAAGCCGGGAGCCCCGGUUACGAGAAGAGACCCGGAAGGGGAUCUUCUGGAGCCGGGGACACUCUGGAGGCGGUGUCCCUCGGUCGGUCCCCGUCCCUAGUCGGCCUGGGGACCGGGUUCCCUAGCCGGCCGGCGUCUCCCAAGCUCGCGUCGGGGGUGACCCACGAGACGGCAGACCCCCCAAAGCACGACGGCUGCCUGGGGGCAAGAAGGGGCGGCCACUUCGUCAGGAGCCUGGAGAGUCUGUGCGGCAACUUGAGGGAACUUCAGCACCGCCUCUCGGAGCUCACGGCCCUCGCUAGGGACGGGAUGAGGCCUCCCCACAUUUACCCUUCUGUCCGGGAGCCUUCUUUUGUGAACAUCACGUUCCAGAAGCCCUUUGCAGCAGAUGAGACUGGAGAAGAAAAGAGAACGGUCCUUCUCUGUGACGGUAAACUCCACCUCAAGACAGCCCAGGAGGCUUUCAAUCUGUCCGUUAUUGAAAUGAAACAUGACUCUUCCUGGAUCAUUCUGACCGCAGACAUUGAUGGUUUUGUGCCAUUAACAUUCAAAGCAGCACAGGAGAUCAUCAUAAGGGAUGGUCGUGUCAGCGAGGAAAGCUGUCAGAGUCGUUCUGGCAAAAAUACGGAUAUCAGCAGUUCUGCAACACUGCCAAGCGGCAUGACAUAAUUUCUGGAGGAAGAAUGAUAGCACGGUCUGGACCGGUUUUGCCAGCCAAUCCGGGGAAAGAAAAAAGGAACUGAGAAAAGGAUCCCUUCGGAGCUGUCAACGGCACUGUCACUGCAUCGUUCUGGUAAAUCAAACGUCCAAUUUCAACCUAACACCCGGGAUCUCAUCCACCCCCACCACCGCUCUGGAUUUUCCUGUGGAAGCAGGUUCAGAGCUGCAGCCUUUUGAUUUCUUGGCUUUUAAUAGUU